GCGCCGCUCCCGGACGCGAGGGACCCGACCCGAACGCGGAGGCCGCGGGCAGAACGUUCUCUCCUCGCCGACCGGGCGGCCCGAAGCCCCCAGUCCUCGGCCCCGCGCAAGCGACGCCGGGAAAUGCCCACAUCCGGGAAACCUGCAACGGAGUGCGGCGGCGGCGGCGGCGGCGGCGGCGACACGGAGUGGAAGGCAAAAUGGCGGCGGCGGUGGCCUGGUGCUGAGGGGAGAGCCAGGUCCCGGCGACCCCCCGCCACAGGCCGCGCUGGCCCGCGGCAGCCCCCUGGCGUCUCUGCCCCUCCUGCCCCCCGACCGGGGACACCCGCGGGUCCCUGGGACGGGCUCCGGCCGCGUCGGCGCCCGCCCGCCAGGCCCGUGGCCGCUGUCCAGGAGCCCCGCUCUCCCCAGCAGGGUUAAUUAUUUAGAAAAUAAAGAAUUUGAACAUCCCUGGAAAAUUAUCAAAAGAUCAUUAUCAUUUUUUCUGACAAGGAAGUUUGGAAUCUAUGAAGAAACACUAAAAGAAGUCUUUUGUGUGGGUUACAAAUAUAGAUGUUUUCAUGAAGAGGAGCGACAAGCCAGAAGGUUACAGGCAAAUGAGGCCUAAGACCUUUCCUGCCAGUAACUACACUGGCAGCAGUCGGCAGAUGUUGCAAGAAAUUCGGGAAUCUCUUAGGAACUUAUCCAAGCCGUCCGAUGCUGCUAAGGCUGAGCAUAACAUGAGCAAAAUGCUGCCAGAAGAUCCUCGACAAGUCAGAAAUCCACCCAAAUUCGGGACAUAUCACAAAGCCUUGCAGGAAAUUCGAAACUCCCUACUACCAUUUGCCAAUGAAACCAGUUCUUCCUCCCGCAGUACCUGCAGUACCUCGGAAGUGAAUCCCCAGAUGUUUCAAGACUUGCAGGCUGCUGGAUUUGAUGAGGAUAUGGUUAUUCAAGCUCUUCAGAAAACUAAUAACAGAAGUAUAGAAGCAGCGAUUGAAUUCAUUAGCAAGUUGAGUUACCAGGAUCCUCGGCGGGAGCAGAUGGCUGCAGCAGCUGCCAGACCUGUUAAUGCUGGUUUGAAACCAGGGAGUGUGCAACAGCCAGUUAACCGCAAGCAGAGCUGGAAAGGCUCCAAAGAGUCCUUAGUUCCUCAGAGACACGGCCCACCACUAGGAGAAGGUGUGACCUACCGUUCCGAAAGUCCCAGCUCACAGACGGAUGUGGGAAGGCCUUUGUCUGGCUCUGGCUUACCAGCAUUUGCUCCAACUCACCCUAGCAAUGGACAGAGAGUGAACCCCCCGCCACCCCCUCAAGUAAGGAGUGUCACUCCUCCACCACCUCCAAGAGGUACAACCCCGCCACCCCCGUCAUGGGAACCAAACUCUCAAACCAAGCGUUACUCUGGGAACAUGGAAUUUGUAAUCUCUCGCAUCUCUCCUGUUCCGCCUGGGGCCUGGCAGGAGGGCUAUCCUCCACCACCUCUUAACACGUCCUCCAUGAGUCCUCCUGGUCAGGGGCAGAGAGCAGUGAGUUCUGUUCCUGUGGGCAGACAGCCAAUCAUCAUGCAGAGCUCUAACAAAUUCAGCUUCCCCCAGGGGAGGCCUGGAAUUCAGAAUGGUAGUGGUCAGACUGAUUUCAUGAUUCACCAAAAUGUCGCUCCUGGUGCUGUGACUCGGCAGCCACCCCCUCCGUAUCCUCUGACCCCAACAAAUGGACAAAACCCUUCUGCUUUACAAACAGGGGGGUCUGCUGCUCCUUCAUCAUAUACAAAUGGAAAUAUUCCUCAGUCUAUGAUGGUGCCAAAUAGGAAUAGUCAUAACAUGGAACUUUACAAUAUUAAUGUACCUGGACUGCAAACAACCUGGCCUCAGUCAUCUUCUGCACCGACCCAGUCAUCCCCAAGCAGCGGGCAUGAAAUCCCUACCUGGCAACCUAACAUACCUGUGAGGUCAAAUUCUUUUAAUAACCCACUAGGAAACAGAGCAGCUCACUCUGCUAACUCUCAGCCAUCAGCUACAACAGUCACUGCAAUUACACCAGCUCCUAUUCAGCAGCCCGUGAAAAGCAUGCGUGUAUUGAAGCCGGAACUACAGACUGCUUUAGCGCCUACCCACCCUUCUUGGAUACCACAACCAAUUCAGACUACUCAAACCAGUCCUUUUGCUGAAGGUACCACUUCAGGUAUGACAGUUAUGGCACCUGUUGCUGAAGCUCCAAGCUAUCAAGGUCCACCACCACCUUACCCGAAACAUCUGCUGCACCAGAGCCCGUCUGUUCCCCCGUAUGAACCAAGCAACAAGUGCAGCAAGGAGGAUCAGCCUGUCGUGCCCAAGGAAGAUGAAGGCGAAAAAAGUUAUGAAAGUGUUGAUAAUGGGGAUAAAGAAAAGAAGCAGAUUACAACUUCACCUAUCACCGUUAGGAAAAACAAGAAAGAUGAAGAGCGAAGGGAAUCUCGGAUUCAAAGUUACUCUCCCCAGGCCUUCAAAUUCUUUAUGGAACAACAUGUAGAAAAUGUGCUCAAAUCUCAUCAGCAACGUCUACAUCGUAAAAAGCAGUUAGAGAAUGAAAUGAUGCGGGUUGGAUUAUCUCAAGAUGCCCAGGACCAAAUGAGAAAAAUGCUUUGCCAGAAAGAAUCUAAUUACAUCCGACUUAAAAGGGCUAAAAUGGACAAGUCUAUGUUUGUGAAGAUUAAGACACUAGGAAUAGGAGCAUUUGGUGAAGUCUGUCUAGCAAGAAAAGUAGAUACUAAGGCUUUGUAUGCAACAAAAACUCUUCGAAAGAAAGAUGUUCUGCUUCGAAAUCAAGUGGCUCAUGUUAAAGCUGAGAGAGAUAUUCUGGCCGAAGCUGACAAUGAGUGGGUCGUUCGUUUAUAUUAUUCAUUCCAAGAUAAGGACAAUUUAUAUUUUGUAAUGGACUAUAUUCCUGGGGGUGACAUGAUGAGCCUAUUAAUUAGGAUGGGCAUCUUUCCAGAAAAUCUGGCACGAUUCUAUAUAGCAGAACUUACUUGUGCAGUUGAAAGCGUUCAUAAAAUGGGUUUUAUUCAUAGAGAUAUUAAACCUGAUAACAUUUUGAUUGAUCGUGAUGGUCAUAUUAAAUUGACUGACUUCGGCCUCUGCACUGGCUUCAGAUGGACACAUGACUCUAAGUACUAUCAGAGUGGUGACCACCCACGGCAAGAUAGCAUGGAUUUCAGUAAUGAGUGGGGUGACCCCUCAAACUGUCGAUGUGGAGAUAGACUAAAGCCACUGGAGCGGAGAGCUGCACGCCAACACCAGCGAUGUCUGGCACACUCUUUGGUUGGGACUCCCAAUUAUAUCGCACCUGAAGUAUUGUUACGAACAGGAUAUACACAGUUAUGUGAUUGGUGGAGCGUUGGGGUUAUUCUUUUUGAAAUGUUGGUGGGACAACCUCCUUUCCUGGCGCAAACACCAUUAGAAACACAAAUGAAGGUUAUCAACUGGCAAACAUCUCUUCACAUUCCACCACAAGCUAAACUGAGUCCUGAAGCCUCUGAUCUCAUUAUUAAGCUUUGCCGAGGACCAGAAGAUCGCUUGGGCAAGAACGGUGCUGAUGAAAUAAAAGCUCAUCCAUUUUUUAAGACAAUUGAUUUCUCCAGUGACUUGAGACAGCAAUCUGCUUCAUACAUUCCUAAAAUCACACACCCAACGGAUACAUCCAAUUUUGACCCUGUUGACCCUGACAAGCUAUGGAGUGAUGAUAAUGAGGAAGAAAAUGUUGGUGACACUCUGAAUGGCUGGUAUAAGAAUGGAAAACACCCUGAACACGCCUUCUAUGAAUUCACCUUUCGGAGGUUUUUUGAUGACAAUGGCUACCCAUACAAUUAUCCAAAGCCUAUUGAAUAUGAAUACAUGAAUUCACAAAGCUCAGAGCAGCAGACGGAUGAAGAUGAGCAACACACAGGCUCAGAAAUCCAAAAUCGGGAUCUGGUGUAUGUUUAGCACACGAGGAGUGAAUUGAAAUGAGUAUUGGCAAAAAGACCUGAAAUGCAGGAAUUUUUUAGGUUCUCAGUAAAAUUAUGCAAAUGUGGCAGAGCUUUCUAUGUAUGGUGCUCUGUACAAUAUUUUAUUUUCCUAAAUUAUGGAAAAUCCUUUUAAAAUGUUAAUUUAUUCCAGCCUUUAAUCAUUAAUUUAGAAAAAAUUGUUAUAAGAAAGUAAAUUAUGAACUGAAAUUAUAGUCAGUUCUUGGUACUUAAAGUACUUAAAAUAAAAAAAAAUAGUGCUUUGUUUAAAAGGAAAAGCCUGGUAUCUAUUUGUAUAUAUGCUAAAUAAUUUUAAAGAUAAGAGUUUUUGAAUUUUUCUUGAAAGACAGUUUUAUCUUGCUUUAACCAAAUAUGAAAUAUACUCUAUACUUACAGAGCUCUUCUUCUUUUUUUUUUCCACCAUUACCUUCUUUUUGGUAUAAAAUAAGCUAGAGAAAUUAAGCCAUCGUUUUGGUAUAUGUUCCCAGACUAAUGAUAAUCUGUGUAAUUUACAUCCUGAACAGAGAGACAGGGUUGGAACAACAGUGAGGUAUCCAACAGAAGAGAAACUGACAACCGCUCUUCCCCGACUCUUGCCCCUCUGUGGCGUGUUUAACCUCGGCGUUGACUUCAUCCUCAUUGGCUUUACAAGAAGUCAAAGCACUGCUCGUUUUUUUUCUGUCUUGGUGUUAGCACUGCCUCUGGCUUUAAAAGGGAAUAAAGUUGCUGUAAGUCAAAAGCUUCAAACACUAAAAACUAAGAUCAUUUUUUCUUCUUACUUGGAAAGUGAAAAGAAAAUCCCAUCAUCCUAAGCAGGGAAAUUAUUUUCAGUUUUAUACAAAACUAGAGAUUAUUUGUGGGUAUUCAGUAGAGAAGUAUUUUUUUUCAAAUAGGGACCAGUUUCAAUUAUAUCUCAGUGUUACAGUGCUGUGUGAACAGAUUGUAAUUGGCAAAGGAUGAUCUGGCUAAUUGGCAGUGUUUUAUCAAAGAGCAGAUAAAUUGGUGAGAAAGCAAUUAUUACUAGUUCUCACUUUGGUCAUUAGUACUUAGAAAAAGUGUGGGUGGUCUUAGUAGAAAAUUCACAUUGUCUUAAUUUAUUUAAGAGUAAUUCUGUUUUUUCGUAUGCCUAUUUAUACAAUGCUUAGGUUCUCUAAGACUUGUGAUAUCAUACCAAAAUAUGUAUAGCUUAUCUUUUAGGAAGAGAAAACAAGCUAUAUUCCGGCCUUAGUACAGUUUGCAUUUCAUUUUCUUAAGCUCCACUGAUGCAGAAUUGUUUCAUUAAAAUUCAGUAUCUGUGAGUAACCAUAAUGUUAGUCAUUUUCAAACUUUUAGCUUUCCUCAUAUAAACGGUAAUGCAGAACAUACACAUCCAAGUAGCAUCAGUAAAGGACAGCUGUUCCCCUUGAAUCCUGGGGAGGACACGGAAUUUUUAUGAGCUUACCUUUCCCACCCUCCUCAAGGUGGCCCUGAGCUCAGUGGGAGAAGCUGCCCUCUGCUCUGUGGGUCUUCUGGGUCGCAAGUUCUUUGGAGGAUCUGAUGAAAGCCAUGGAAUGCUUGUCCCACAAAAAAAAAAAUUGGAUAUCGACACAUAAAUUAUAAAUGUGGCAUGCAGUUUCAGGAGGUUCAAGACAUUCUUAAACUUAUCAGAGACACUACUUUAGGUACCUUUUCCUGUAAGAGUUCUUUUCAUUUACUGCUGAGGUCUCAGAGUAGCUCAUCUAUAGUCCAUUUGGUUGGAAGAGAUCUGUAGCACAUGCUAAGAGGACCCUGGGAACACCUCCCUCUUGGUGAUACAACUCUCAGAUAGUUUAGACACCAGUUUGAAGACACUAAAAUGUUUGACUCAUGACAGGCUUUAUACAGAUGUAGUAAAGAAGAAUUUCUCAAAAGAAUUUUAAGAAAAUGCACUAAUGAGUUGGCAGUCUUCACCUCAUGAAACAUUUAAUCAGUCCUGUAAAAUUCUAUGCAAAACAAGUCAUACUUGGUACUCGCAUCUAGAAGACAUGCCUCUUGUUCUUUGGGUGUUUUCAGCUAUGUGCAAUACAGUAGAAAACCAACUACCAUAUAGGAAAACUAAGGUGCUGUUUCCCUGCCUCCACCUCCCCACAAAAUUGCCCCUAUUCCUCAACUGUAAUAGACACUACACAUUUUAUAUUCUAAAAUUUCUGCUGACAGCAUAAGCUUGACAAGUCUUUGGUACCUGCAGUUUUAAUACUUUGACUAUCUUAUUCCCAAACUACAUCUAGUUAACUGAUAUACAGGAUGGGGCUUCCUGACAAAAAGGGUGACAACAUUAGAAAAAAAAAUCCAGAUGUUUUUGACUGAAAUGGAGUGAAAGCACUGUUUCUACUUGUUUCUUUUUUUAAAGUGACUUUCUGAUUCAUUAAAAAAUUUGCUGUCUUUCUUAUACGUAACCCCUUUUAUUCAUAUCAAUAGUAUUUAUCAACUGUGUUCUAUAAAUGAUGUGAUUAUAGAUACUGUUAUGUAUUGUCCAGUGAAAUCCCAAGGCAGGACCUAAUGCUGUAUCUUUUCUACCUUAUUUGUAGUUUAAACUAGAGAAUGUAUGACUAAGAAGUCACUUUGAGACUGACUUUUUUAAAAAGUUAACUACCCUCUGCUGUUGCGAAGUGCAAAACUGUGAGUGGAUAUGUUUUCAUUCUGACUUAAUAUGUUAGAAAUUAGAGAAUACAGUGGGAGGAUUUUUAGACAUUGCUGCUGCUGUUACCCAAGGUACUUUAGAAAUUUUUCUUUAAUAAAAAAAAAAUCCCUUUGCUAUUUAAAGUGAAGCAUUUAGCCUGUUCGUCUUAAUCUAAAGCAAAAAAUAAUUUGGAUCAACAUGCUGGUAUAUUUGUAAAGUGCCUUAAUAAAUCCUUUUGUGAAAGGCACUGCGGUUUACUUUUGUAUUAUAUUGUAUAUGUAAGUAUUUUGUAUUAAAAUUGAAUCAGUGACAACACUACAGUUUUAUGAAACAAUGCUUUGUUAGAAAUGGCAUUAGAGCUCUGCAGUAUAACUAAUUGUUAUGCAUACUUCUGCAUAUAAUAGAUACAAAUAAUCACCUUGUGUUUUUAAUGAACCUAUUUGUAUUUUCCCAAUCAUUUUCUCUAGUGUAACAUUUGCUGGGAUAAUAAAAAAAAAAAUUCAACUCUUUCAA